CUCUCUCGGCGCCAGCUGGAGAUUCUCUUGACAACAACACCAAACACACAGAUUUGCUACAUACCACCAUGAUGCCCUCGAUGAUCAACCUCUUGGUGUUGUUGGCGGCGGUGCUUCACAUGAUGGGGGCGGCAGCAGAAGACUUCGAGGUUAGCACCGGAGUGGGCUCGAUCCGGGCGCAGGACCGCGACCCCUUCAAGGAGGGCUACUUCAACAUGAUCAUCUCCUGCUUCGCCCUCAUGUUCUUUUUCAUCGGUUGCAUGUUCAGCGUCCGCAUCUGCUUGGGCAAGAAGCGUGGGAACGACUCCCACUCGUUCUUCUUGGUCGCUUAAAUAAAAAAAAUUAAGCAGCCAAUUAUCAUCAUAAGUCAGUCCAGUUUGUGUGUAGGCUCAUUUUUCGUAUGUAGAUUUGUUCUAGUCGACUUUUUGAUGACGCCAGGACGGGGCGGCAUGGGGAAAGGGGGUACGAGAAGACGAGUCUAUCGGUGGACGGCGCGAUUGGGAGGGGCGGAGAAGGCGCCGAGCGGUGGCCGCUGGGGCCGUUUUUACAAACGCCCGGCCCGGUUUUUUAGGUAUGGCGACGGCAGUUGCAGCGCUGCAUCUGAUACGAAGUCUUGUUUAUAGCGUAGUAGUUGGAGAAGGAGGGAGCAGAGAGAGAGAGAGGGUGAAAACGGAACGGUAGCACAACUAUUUCCUCCUCGCACGACCAGUGCGAUUGUUGACAGCAUUUAGUUGGGGCAUUCCUGUUUCUUGUGCGAUGAUCAUGUCGUUGCGUCUUCGCGGGGACUGCGCGCUUACCAAUCGUACCGCCUUGUUGUACGAGCGUUUGGAGGACCCCGCCGAGAGUGUAGACCGCGCGACAAGCCAGUGUUUGUUUCAGCACGAGUGCAGCUCUCACGCGUAGAAUUUAAGCAUCACCCUGUUGCGCGCUGAACGCGCAGAAUGAACGCUUGGGUUAAAACCACAACGGUGAGAGCGGCUCAAGGCAAUCUGAUUUCCGUUCGUCGCUUGUGUGGGAGGCGUUUUGCCUGAUUGUCGCCGCCAGCCAGCUCGCCCUACCCUCCGCCUUGACUGGAAACGGGGCGAUGCUCUGUGUUCGGUGUUUCGCAAGUUUUCGCUGCCUCUUUCCAGCGAAUGUGUGUAGGGAUGUAUUGCUGGCCAUUCCCCAAGUGAGCGACGAGGGUCGUGAGCACGGCGUCGAUCGGAUUUGACAUAGCAAACUCACGCUUCGCCAACAUUUUAGCGAGCGUGCUUUCAGUCUUCCAUGGAGUGGUGCAUCGCGCACUGCGGCGGUAAAAAAAUCACGC